UUAUUCCUUGGGGGCUUUUUAAAAGCAUAAAAUGAAGACAAAAACAUUGCUGUCGAACUGAUGAGUGUAAGUUUCAGCAUUGGUAGACUGUUACCUUAGCAACGUCUAUGCUUUUUUUUUUUUCUGGUCUACACUGAACCUACAGCCAUCCAUCCAAGAGUUCAUGAAUAGUUUAACAAAGAAAGGGCAGAGCUAUUGAGUAAUCCAGGCUCAUUAAUUGUGCACUUGCCAGGAGGAUCUGUCUUUAAAUCAUUAAUGCAGGCAACAUUUCUCUCUAGAGCCAUCAAUGUGAUUCUACUGCCUGAAAAAUGUAAUAAUGAUGGAUUUUCUUAUCAUUUUUCUUUUAUUUUUUAUUGGAACUUCAGAGACACAGGUUGAUGUCUUCAAUGCUGAUCCUGGUACCAGAUAUGACAUAACCGGCUCUUCAAUUUCUGCUACAACGUACAGCUCGGCUGUUAGUAGAACAGUGGCAACAAAUGUAACAAAACCAGGGCCUCCAGUCUUCCUAGCAGGAGAAAGAGUCGGAUCUGCUGGGAUUCUUCUUUCUUGGAAUACACCACCAAAUCCAAAUGGAAGGAUCAUUUCUUACAUUGUUAAAUAUAAAGAAGUAUGCCCGUGGAUGCAAACCUUAUAUACACAAGUGAGAGCAAAGCCGGACAGUCUGGAAGUUCUUCUUACUAAUCUUAAUCCUGGGACCACAUAUGAAAUCAAGGUUGCUGCUGAAAACAGUGCUGGUAUCGGAGUGUUUAGUGACCCAUUUCUCUUCCAAACUGCAGAAAGUGCUCCAGGAAAAGUGGUGAAUCUCACAGUGGAGGCCUUCAACUAUUCGGCAGUAAACCUGAUUUGGUAUUUACCGCGUCAACCAAAUGGCAAAAUUACCAGCUUCAAGAUCAGUGUCAAACACGCCAGGAGUGGGAUAGUGGUGAAAGAUGUGUCAAUCAGAGUGGAGGACAUUUUGAGGGGGAAAUUGCCAGAAUGUAAUGAGAAUAACGAGUCUUUUCUGUGGAGUACCACUGGGCCGUCUCCGACGCUUGGCAGAGCUACGCCUCCGGCACGCAGCACAUAUCCAUCGAGCACGCCGGCAGGGAGGAAGCUCAGCUCUGUGUGGAAAGAGCCUAUAAGUUUUGUGGUGACACAUCUGAGACCUUAUACAACAUAUCUUUUUGAAGUUUCUGCCGUUACGACAGAAGCGGGUUAUAUUGAUAGCACCAUUGUCAGAACACCGGAAUCGGUGCCUGAAGGACCUCCACAAAACUGUGUAACUGGAAACAUCACAGGAAAGUCCUUUACUAUUUCAUGGGACCCACCAAUUAUUGUAACAGGGAAGUUCAGUUAUAGAGUUGAAUUGUAUGGACCAUCAGGCUGGAUUUUGGAUAAUAGCACCAAAGACCUGAAGUUUGUAUUCACUAACCUAACACCAUUCACAAUGUAUGAAGUCUAUGUUGCUGCUGAAACCAGCGCCGGGAUUGGACCCAAGUCAAAUCUUUCAAUAUUCACUCCUCCUGAUGUUCCAGGUGCAGUAUUUGAUUUACAGCUUGCAGAGGUAGAAGCCACACAAAUAAGAAUUACUUGGAAGAAGCCGAGACAGCCGAAUGGAAUCAUUAACCAAUAUCGAGUGAAAGUGCUGGUUUCAGAGACAGGUGUAAUUUUGGAAAAUACCUUGCUCACAGGAAAAGAUGAGUAUAUAAAUGAUCUCGUGUUGCCAGAAAUGGGUGAUACAGGAGAGCCAAUGGCAGGAUUUUAUGAGGGUUCAGCCGAAAUAUCUUCUGACCUGUACUCAAUUGCUUCAUUCAUAUACAAUGAUCAUCUACAUAAUGACAUUCCUCCAAGAAGCAGAGCUGAAGAGCAGACUUCACCAGGUGUGACUACAAGGAAUCAGUACAUCACAGACAUUUCUGCUGAACAGCUGUCUUAUGUUAUCAGGAAGCUUGUACCUUUCACUGAGCACAUGAUUAGUGUAUCUGCUUUCACCAUCAUGGGAGAAGGACCACCAACGGUUCUCAGUGUUAGGACACAUGAGCAAGUGCCAAGCUCCAUUCAAACUAUAAACUAUAAAAAUAUUAGUUCUUCAUCUAUUUUGUUAUAUUGGGAUCCUCCAGAAUAUCCCAAUGGAAAAAUAACUCACUAUACAAUUUAUGCAAUGGAACUGGAUACAAACAGAGCGUUCCAGAUGACGACUGUAGAUAACAGUUUUCUCAUAACAGGGUUAAAGAAAUACACAAAAUACAAAAUGAGAGUGGCUGCCUCAACUCAUGUUGGAGAAAGUUCUUUGUCUGAAGAAAAUGAUAUAUUUAUCAGAACUCCAGAAGAUGAACCAGAAUCAUCACCUCAAGAUGUGCAAGUAAUUGAUGUUACUGCAACUGAAAUAAGGCUCAAGUGGUCACCACCUGAAAAACCCAAUGGGAUUAUUGUCGCAUAUGAAGUGCUCUAUGAAAAUAGGGAUACUUUAUUAAUGAAGAACAGCUCAACAACAAACAUAAUUUUAAGGGACUUAAAGCCUUAUACCCUCUACAAUGUCUCUGUAAGGUCAUACACCAGGUUUGGUCAUGGCCAUCAGUCAUCUUCGGCCCUCUCUGUAAGGACUGCUGAGACUGUACCUGAUAGUGCACCAGAAAAUAUUACUUACAAAAAUAUUUCUUCUGGAGAGAUUGAACUCUCAUUUCUUCCUCCAAGUAGUCCCAAUGGAAUCAUACAAAAAUAUACAAUUUAUCUCAAGAGGAACAAUGGAAAUGAAGAAAGAACUAUAAAUGCAACCUCUUUGACCCAGAACAUUAAAGGAUUGAAGAAAUAUACCCAAUAUUUGAUUGAGGUGUCUGCUAGUACCCUCAAAGGUGAAGGAGUUCGGAGUGCACCAAUAAGCAUACUGACUGAGGAAGAUGCUCCUGAUUCUCCCCCACAAGACUUCUCUGUAAAACAGUUGUCUGGUGUCACGGUGAAGUUGUCAUGGCAACCACCCCUGGAGCCAAAUGGAAUUAUCCUCUAUUACACAGUUUAUGUCUGGGAUAGUUCAUCACUAAAAACUAUUAAUGUUACUGAGACAUCUUCAGAGUUUUCAGAUUUGGACUACAAUGCUGAAUAUAGUGCCUAUGUAACAGCUAGCACCAGAUUUGGUGCUGGGAAAUCAAGAAGUCGUAUUAUUAGCUUUCGAACACCUGAGGGAGCACCAAGUGAUCCUCCCAAAGAUGUUCAUUACGUGAAUCUCAGUUCUUCAUCAAUAAUUCUCUUUUGGACUCCCCCUUCAAAACCUAAUGGGAUCAUACAAUAUUAUUCUGUGUAUUACAGAAAUAAUUCUGGUACUUUCAUGCAGAAUUUUACACUCCAUGAAGUAACCAAUGACUUGUACAAUAUGACCGUAUCUGCUGUAAUAGAAAACCUGGCAAUAUUCAGCUACUAUACAUUUUGGAUAACAGCAAGUACUUCCGUUGGAAAUGGGAAUAAAAGCAGUGACAUAGUUCAAGUAUACACAGAUCAAGACAUACCUGAAGGGCUUGUUGGAAACCUGACUUACGAGUCCAUUUCAUCAACUGCAAUAAAUGUAAGCUGGGUCCCGCCGUCUCAACCAAAUGGUCUAGUCUUCUACUAUGUUUCACUGAAUUUACAGCAGACUCCUCACCACGAGAGACCGCCUCUAGUUACAUAUGAGAGAAGCAUAUAUUUUGAUAAUCUGGAAAAAUAUACUGAUUAUAUAUUAAAAAUCACUCCAUCAACAGAAAAGGGAUUCUCUGACACCUAUACUGCACAGCUACACAUCAAAACUGAAGAAGAUGUCCCAGAAACCUCACCAAUAAUCAACACUUUUAAAAACCUUUCCUCUACCUCAGUUCUCUUAUCAUGGGACCCCCCAGUAAAGCCAAAUGGUGCAAUCAUAAGUUAUGAUUUAACUUUACGAGGACCAAAAGAAAAUUUUUCUUUCAUUACUUCUGAUAACUAUAUAAUAUUGGAAGAGCUUUCACCAUUUACAUUAUAUAGUUUUUUUGCUGCAGCAAGAACUUUAAAAGGACUUGGUCCUUCCAGUACUCUUUUCUUUUACACAGAUGAGUCAGUGCCUUUAGCACCUCCUCAAAAUUUGACUUUAAUCAACUACACUUCAGACUUUGUAUGGCUGCAAUGGAGCCCGAGUCCUCUUCCAGGCGGUAUUGUUAAAGUAUAUAGUUUUAAAAUUCAUGACCAUGAAACUGAUACUAUAAUUUAUAAGAAUAUUUCAGGUUUACAAACAGAAGCCAAACUCGUUGGACUUGAACCAGUGAGCACCUACUCCAUCAGCGUUGCUGCAUUUACCAAAGUCGGAAAUGCCAAUCUGUUUAGUAAUGUAGUGAAAUUUACCACCCAAGAAUCAGUUCCAGAUGUUGUACGGAAUAUACAGUGUAUGGCAACUAGCUGGCAGUCAGUUUCAGUGAAGUGGGAUCCACCCAAAAAGGCCAAUGGAAUAAUUACACAUUAUUUGAUAACAGCUGAACAGAAUUCCACAAAAGUCUCUGCCCACGAUCACAUGUAUACUUUCCUAAAGCUCCUGGCCAAUACUUCCUAUAUCUUCAAAGUAAGAGCUUCAACCUCAGCUGGCGAAGGGGAUGAAAGCACCUGCAAUGUCAGUACACUGCCGGAAGCAGUUCCCAGUGUUCCCACAAAUAUUACUUUUUCUAAUGUUCAGUCAACAAGUGCGACAUUGACAUGGAUAAGACCUGAAACUAUCCUUGGAUACUUCCAAAAUUACAAGAUCACCACUCAGCUUCGUGCUCAAAAAUGCAGAGAAUGGGAAUCUGAAGAAUGUGUUGAAUAUCAAAAAAUCCAAUACCUCUAUGAAGCUAACCUAACGGAAGACACAGUAUAUGGAUUAAAGAAAUUUCGGUGGUAUAGAUUCCAAGUGGCCGCCAGCACCAAUGCUGGCUAUGGCAAUGCAUCAAACUGGAUUUCUGCACAGACGCUGCCUGGCCCUCCGGAUGGUCCUCCUGAAAAUGUGCAUGUAGUAGCAACAUCACCUUUUAGCAUCAACAUCAGCUGGAGUGAACCUGCUGUCAUUACUGGUCCAACAUUCUAUUUGAUUGACAUCAAAUCGGUAGAUAAUGAUGAAUUUAAUGUUUCCCUCAUGAAAUCUAAUGAAGAAAAUAAAACUAUAGAAAUUAAAGACUUAAAAAUAUUUACGAGGUAUUCCGUGGUGAUCACUGCCUUUACUGGAAACAUGAGUACCGCGUAUGGGGAAGGGAAGUCCAGUGCUGAAGUCAUUGUUACCACUUUAGAAUCAGCCCCCAAGGAUCCACCUAAUAAUAUGACAUUUCAGAAGAUUCCCGAUGAAGUGACAAAAUUUCAGUUAACAUUCCUUCCUCCUUCUCAACCUAAUGGAAACAUCCAAGUGUAUCAAGCUCUGGUUUACCGAGAAGAUGAUCCUACUGUUGUGCAGAUUCACAACCUCAGUAUUAUCGAGAAAACAGACACAUCUGUCAUUGCAGUGCUAGAAGGACUAAAAGGUGGACAUACGUACAACAUCAGUGUUUAUGCCAUUAAUAGCGCUGGUGCAGGGCCAAAGGUUCAGAUGAGAAUAACUAUGGAUAUCAAAGCUCCGGCACGACCAAAAACCAAGCCAAUCCCUAUUUAUGAUGCCACAGGAAAGUUACUUGUGACUUCAACAACAAUUACAAUCAGAAUGCCAAUAUGUUACUACAAUGAUGAUCAUGGACCAAUCAAAAAUGUACAAGUGCUUGUGACAGAAACAGGAGCUCAGCUUGAUGGAAAUGUAACAAAGUGGUAUGAUGCAUAUUUUAAUAAAGCAAGGCCGUAUUUUACCAACGAAGGCUUUCCUAACCCUCCAUGUACCGAAGGAAAGGCAAAGUUCAGUGGCAAUGAGGAAAUCUAUGUCAUAGGUGCUGAUAAUGCGUGUAUGAUUCCUGGCAAUGAAGACAAAAUUUGCAAUGGACCUCUGAAACCAAAAAAGCAGUACUUAUUUAAAUUCAGAGCCACAAAUGUCAUGGGACAAUUUACUGAUUCUGAUUAUUCUGACCCUGUUAAGACUCUAGGUGACGGACUUUCAGAAAGAACUGUAGAGAUCAUUCUUUCAGUCACUUUGUGUAUCCUUUCAAUAAUUCUUCUUGGAACAGCUAUUUUUGCAUUUGCAAGAAUUCGACAGAAGCAGAAAGAAGGUGGUACCUACUCUCCUCGGGAGGCAGAAAUUAUUGACACUAAAUUCAAGCUGGACCAGCUCAUCACAGUGGCCGACCUGGAACUGAAGGAUGAGAGAUUAACGCGAUACUCUUCAUUCUUCUUUAGACGCAAGGAGAUAUUUGUCAUUCAGUUACUUAGUUAUAGAAAAUCCAUCAAGCCAAUAAACAAGAAAUCCUUCCUGCAACAUGUUGAAGAGCUUUGCACAAACAACAACCUAAAGUUUCAAGAAGAAUUUUCGGAAUUACCGAAAUUUCUUCAGGAUCUUUCUUCAACUGAUGCCGAUCUGCCUUGGAAUAGAGCAAAAAACCGUUUUCCAAACAUAAAACCAUAUAAUAAUAACAGAGUGAAGCUGAUAGCAGAUGCAAGUAUUCCAGGAUCAGAUUAUAUUAAUGCCAGCUAUGUUUCUGGAUACUUAUGUCCAAAUGAAUUCAUUGCUACUCAAGGUCCAUUACCAGGAACAGUGGGAGACUUCUGGAGAAUGGUAUGGGAAACCAGAGCAAAAACAUUAGUAAUGCUCACACAGUGUUUUGAAAAAGGACGGAUCAGAUGCCAUCAGUAUUGGCCAGAGGACAACAAGCCAGUCACUGUCUUUGGAGAUAUAGUGAUUACAAAGCUUGUGGAGGAUGUUCAAGUAGAUUGGACCAUCAGGGAUCUGAAAAUUGAAAGGCAUGGGGACUGCAUGACUGUUCAACAGUGUAACUUUACUGGUUGGCCGGAGCAUGGGGUUCCUGAAAACAGUGCCCCUCUGAUCCACUUUGUGAAGCUGGUCCGAGCAAGCAGAGCCCAUGACACCACACCUAUGAUUGUUCACUGCAGUGCCGGAGUUGGGAGAACUGGAGUUUUUAUUGCUCUGGACCACUUAACACAACAUAUAAAUGACCAUGAUUUUGUGGAUAUAUAUGGACUAGUAGCUGAACUGAGAAGUGAAAGAAUGUGCAUGGUGCAGAACCUGGCACAGUACAUCUUUCUACACCAGUGCAUUCUGGAUCUCUUAUCACAUAAAGGGAAUAAUCAGCCCAUCUGUUUUGUUAACUAUUCAGCACUUCAGAAGAUGGACUCUUUGGAUGCCAUGGAAGGUGAUGUUGAGCUUGAAUGGGAAGAAACCACCAUGUAAAUGUUUAGACCAAAGCUUAUAACUGGAAGACAUUUUCAAAUCCCAGGAGCCAAAACUACACCUUCAUUCUUCUGGAUUGAAAUAUGCAACCUUAAAGAAAUCUCUUCACUUCCCUUACUGUGCCUUACUACAUGGAUUGACCAUUUCAUGAAUACUUCUAGGAAAAAGCUAAUUCUGAAUAGUUACUUGUCCAGAAUAAAUAUUAUACAUUUAAAAAUGUAUAAGAAAAGAUGCCCCAUAGGCUUUCGAAGGCCUGUAUAUUUUUUGAAUAAGCCAAAUAUAAAAUUAUAAUUUUAUUAGCAUUAAUAUUUCAGUAUGAUUUCCCCUACACAUCAGACUGAAUUUUGAACACAAGUAGUAAAUGUUGAUUCAGUAGUGUUAUUUUGGCCUCCAGGGUGUUGACAUUUCUUGUGGAUAACUUCCAGGACUGUCAUAAUGAUCUGUACUUCUAUGUAUGCCCCUGUGUUUUGAAUCUUCUGUUUUAUGAGUGCUGAGAUAUCAUCUCUUGAUCCUGAACAGCUGAACAGUAACCCCCUGACACUGCAGGGAUUACUUAGCCUUUCCACAACACACAGUAGCUCUUCAGGGAUACUUAGGGCUAUUGAAAUUGCAUUGUGAUCUUUAGUUUUAAAAAAUCAAAAGAACAACUAAAAUUCCAUAUUGCACAUUUGAAGUUAAAGAGUAUCUUUCCAGCCUGCUUACAUUUGCAUCUUUUCAGGCAAAAAGUUCUACGACAUUAUUGUGCAAUCAAAUACAUAUUUAAAUGUGUCAGAGUAUUUACCUAUCAUAUAUAUAUAUACAUAUAAUCAAAUUAAAAUUUUUGAAAGGUUUCUUCAGCAAAUAUAUAUAUAUAUAUAAAUAGUAAUGAAAACAAGUAGCGUGUUGUAAGCUUGUAAAAUAAUGAUGUGCUGCUGUGGUGCCAACAGAGACUUCUGAGUAUGUUGCAUUAAAUAGUCUUUAUUGCAUUUCUCAAGAGUGAUUAUUAAGAAGUGUAUCUGAUGGAACUGAAAACAAAUUUACCAGAUUAGAGCAACCUAGAGAGUUUUAUUAAAAAUAUCUUUCAGCCUCCAUUUAAUUAGAAAGUGAUAAUAUACUCUUUUGAAUUAUAUGAAAAUGUUAUCAUAGAUUUCAAUUAAGUAUCAUAAAAAUAGGUAAUAUAAGUACUGCAUUUCUUCUAUGAUAAGAAUUAUAUCUUAUGCUUUUUUCUGCUGGAAUUUACAUAUGGAAAAUGUGAUGGCCAAUAAAAUUGAAUUUUAAUGAAUUGUUUUAUAGUAUGAUCCCAAAAGUCCUUACUGCAAUAUGAAUUUGAUUUUAUAUUACAUAUUAAGAUAUAAUUGAUUCAUACUUGUAGAAUAUAAAUUAUGUAUCUCAAGUCAUAUCUAAGUAUAAUGUAAUCAUAUAAUUUCCCAAGGUAUCUGUACAUAGGAAAGAAUUUUAAUAUGAAAUUUAUGAUUCCAGAAACUAAAUCCUUUAGUCUCCCAAGCAGUCUCUUGAAAAAUGUGAAAUUUGCUUUCUGUUUUUCAUUACAAGGAUGUAUAAAUACACUCAGUCCACUACUGUCCCAAUCAACUUGUUUACUCUAUAGAAAUUUACAGAAAAUAAUAAACUUUGAUAAGAACACUGAAAGAUUCCAGUUGGAGUUACAAGUUCUUCAGUUUCCUUUGUGUCAGUCAUUAAAAAAUGUAUGGCUAUCCAGUAUAAGUUUUUGUAUUCAUGAAAGAUGGGUAACAUGGA